AUUUCCACCCUCAAAUAUAAGUUCUUUAUCUAUGGAUAUAACCUUUAAUGCUUUUGCCGAACAAGUGUUACACUUAAAUACUACAAAAUACAAACCAUAUAAAAAGGGUAUUUAAAAUGUCACUUCUUCUUCCCCUUGAGUCGAAUCCCGAUGUAAUGAAUAAGUUUAUGUACCUUCUCGGCGUGCCGGAAAAAUGGAAUGUGGUAGACGUAUAUGGAAUAGACGGUGACGCGCUAGAAUGGGUUCCUAAACCAGUCCUAGCCCUCAUUUUGCUCUUUCCCUACAAUACAAAGUAUUUUGAAUUUGCGAAACAAGAAGCAGAAGAAAUUAAAGAAAAGGGUCAGAUAAUUGUGCCCGAUUUGUUUUACAUGAAGCAAUAUGUUUCUAACGCUUGUGGCACAAUAGCUCUGAUACACUCUGUCGCAAAUAAUGCAGAAAGGGUGCAAUUACAAGAUGGAGACUUUAAGAAAUUGCUAGAGAAUUCAAAAAAUUUAACUCCUGAAGAACGAGGGGAGAUGCUUUCCACAGCCGGCGUCAACUCUGAUGCAUACAAGGUGAUAAAAGCUCACCAAGAAUUAGCCAAGGAAGGACAGACAGAGGCCGACCCAAAUGAGAAGGUGGUUCAUCACUUUGUAGCUUUCGUUCAAAAAGGGGGUUACUUAUAUGAACUCGACGGUAGAAAAGACUUUCCAAUAAAUCAUGGUCCGAGCUCUGAAGAAACAUUCUUGACGGAUGCCGCCAAGGUAUGCAAAAAAUUUAUGGAGCGGGAUUCAGAAGAUGUAAACUUCACAAUUAUGGCCAUUACCGCGAAAGAAUCGUGAAAGAAGCAUUUCAAUCAACAUUUACAAGCUGGCAUGUUUAAUAUGCUGUUUUGGUUUAGCCGGCUGGUGCUUGCAUUCUGGUUUAAUUCUUGAAAUAUUUAUAGAGGAUUUUUUUAUUUAGUUGCACACACACCUUUCACUGUUGACUAGAUGUGACUAUUUUUUCUCUAAUAAAGAAUUACACUUUCGA